AUGUCUGAAUCAAUGUCCUGGCGCCGUCUUCUGGUGCUCGCCAUCAGUGCGCUGCCGGUCACCUCCGCAGUAGGUUGCCCGUACGUUCGCGGUAACGACCUGUCACCUCCCUUCGAAAAUAUCCUCAAGCCUAGGUACAGUCCGGAAGGUCCAAACUUUGGUCAAUGUCCUAGAAAGAGCCAGGUCGCCGGCGGUGGUACGCGGAGCCAGCAGUGGUGGCCGUGCGAGCUGAAUCUUGCGGUCCUGCGCCAGAAUGCAGACAAAUCCAUUCCCCUGGACAAGGACUUCGACUACGCUAGCGAGUUUGCCAAGUUGGAUGUGGCCGAACUUAAAAAAGACAUCACCGAUCUGCAGACGACCUCCCAAAGCUGGUGGCCCGCUGAUUUCGGCAAUUAUGGCCCUUUUUUCAUUCGUUUAGCCUGGCACAAUGCUGGAACCUACAGAGAACUUGAUGGUCGUGGAGGAGCUGGCAUGGGGCAGCAAAGGUUCGCGCCGUUGAAUAGCUGGCCGGACAAUGCCAGCCUCGACAAAGCUCGCCGCCUGUUGUGGCCCAUCAAACAAAAGUACGGGAGCAUGCUGUCUUGGGCAGACCUUUUUGUCUUUGCGGGGAAUACAGCCUUGGAGAACAUGGGCUUCCCGACAUACGGCUUUGGGUUUGGUCGCGUCGACACUUGGCAGUCUGAUGAGGGCAUUUAUUGGGGUAGCGAGCAGGCCAUGUUUCCUUCGAACCAAAGCAACACGUAUCGUUACAACGGAAGCACAAACCUGUACGACAGAGCAGACAAGCUCGAAAGCCCGCUUGGAGACACGGACAUGGGACUCAUCUACGUGGAUCCGAGAGGCCCGAACGGCAUACCCGAUCCCAUGGCAUCUGCUCUUGACAUUCGUGAGACCUUUGGUCGCAUGGCGAUGGACGACGAAGAGACGGUUGCUCUCAUUGCUGGCGGCCAUGCCUUUGGCAAGACCCAUGGCGCUGUUCCUGGAAGCUACAUCGGACCUGAGCCGAAUGCCGCUGGCCUUGAAAUGCAGAACCUCGGAUGGCACAAUAGUUUCAAUACCGGUGUUGGUAACAACACAUGGACCAGCGGUCUCGAGGUUAUCUGGUCCAGGACUCCCACCCAAUGGGCAAACCACUUCCUGACCUCUCUGCUCACGAACAACUGGACUCUUGUCUACAACUACGGGGCCCCACAAUGGGAAGCUGUAAACGCCACGGCUGCAACUCCCGACCCCUUCAUUCCCGGCAAAUUCCACAAGUCAACGAUGAUGACCAGCGAUCUCGCCCUUCUCUACGAUCCAAUUUACAAUAAUAUUUCGCAGACCUUCUUGAACGACUUUGCCUACUUUACUGAGAAGUUUGGGUUGGCCUGGUACAAGCUUCUUCAUCGUGACAUGGGUCCUAUUGCGCGUUAUCUUGGCCCCGAGCUCCCGACGGAGGCGCCUCUAAUCUGGCAGGAUCCUCUUCCGACUGUUCACUACGGGGAAAUUGACGAGGGGGAUAUGAAUCAAUUAAAAAUGGACAUCCUUGCGGCACCUGGUGUGAACGUUUCCAAUCUGGUCACCACCGCUUGGGGCUCUGCUUCGAGCUUCCGCAUCUCCGACAAGCGUGGCGGUGCCAACGGCGCGCGCAUUGCCUUGAUGCCUCAACGUUCUUGGGCGGCAAACAACCCUACGCGGCUGGAAACAGUUCUCCAGGCACUCGAAGGAGUUCAAGACAAGUUUAACUCAGCCAAUAAAAUCAAGAAGGUGUCUCUUGCCGACCUGAUCGUUCUUGGUGGCGCCGCGGCUAUUGAGAAGGCUGCCAAGGAUGCAGGCAUGCAUAUCAGUGUCCCCUUUACUCCUGGCCGUGUGGAUACCACGCAGAACAACACUGACGUUUCGACGUUUGCUUAUCUCGAGCCCCAGGCGGAUGGUUUCCGUAAUUACGGCCAUGGGACUCCCCGCUCUCUUACCGAGGAGUAUUUGGUUGACAAGGCCGCCCUUCUCACCCUCAGCCCUCCUGAGAUGACGGUCCUGGUUGGUGGUAUGCGGGCCCUUGAUGCCAACUAUGAUGGCUCAAACUUCGGCAUCUUUACCGACCGCCCUGGACAGCUCACAAACGACUUCUUUGUGAACCUUUUGAGCAUGUCAACUGAGUGGUCGCCCAUUGCCAAUACCAACGACGAGCAGUUCCAGGGUAACGAUCGCCAGACCGGCAAGCCCAACUACACAGCAACCCGUGCAGACCUCAUCUUUGGUUCGCACCCCGAGCUUCGCGCAGUUGCCGAAGUCUAUGGUUCCGAUGAUGCACUGGCAAAGUUUGUAAAUGACUUUGUUGCCGCCUGGGCCAAAGUUAUGGACUUGGAUCGAUAUGACAUCAUGGGACGCAAGCAAAACAAUGUCCAGUAG